AUGGUGCAAAUCAGUCGAGUUCAAAAGCGCCCCAAAGGCCGCCAUCCUAGAGAAACCGAAGUGACCGACUAUGUCUAUGGCACCCGGUUCGCAGCGGAAGAUCUGCCGCACCAUGAGAUGGCAGAGCACGAGAUGCCAGCGGGCGUUGCGUAUCGGUUAAUCAAGGAUGAAUUGAGUCUUGACGGGAAUCCAUUACUGAACCUGGCCAGCUUCGUCACCACCUACAUGGAAGACGAAGCCCAGAACCUCAUGACCGAGUCAAUGAGCAAAAACUUCAUCGACUACGAACAAUACCCGCAAACAGCCAACAUCCAGAACCGCUGCAUCAACAUGAUCGCGGGCCUUCUACACGCCCCAACCUCCUCCGACGGGCCGGAUAUCAAAGACGCCAUCGGAACAUCGACCAUCGGAUCCUCAGAGGGUAUCAUGCUGGCCACGCUGGCGAUGAAGAAGCGCUGGCAGAACCGCCGCAAGGCCGAGGGCAAGGACUGGAUGCGCCCGAAUAUCGUGAUGAACAGUGCGGUGCAGGUCUGCUGGGAGAAAGCAGCGCGGUAUUUCGAUGUCGAGGAGAAAUAUGUCUACUGCACGGAGACGCGGUACGUGAUUGAUCCCGAAGAAGCGGUCAAUCUCGUGGACGAGAAUACCAUUGGCAUUUGUGCGAUCUUUGGGACCACGUACACGGGCCAGUACGAGGACGUCAAAGCCAUCAACGACCUGUUGAUCUGGAAGAAGAUCGACUGUCCGAUCCAUGUGGAUGCCGCCAGCGGCGGGUUCGUCGCGCCAUUCGUGAAUCCGGCCCUGGAAUGGGACUUUCGGCUGUCCAGGGUCGCGUCGAUCAACGUAUCCGGUCACAAGUAUGGUCUGGUCUACCCCGGCGUGGGCUGGGUCUUCUGGCGCUCAACCGAAUACCUCCCCAAGGAACUCAUCUUCAAUGUCAACUACCUCGGCGCCGAACAGGCAACCUUCACCCUCAACUUCUCCAAGGGCGCCUCCAACGUCAUUGGGCAGUACUACCAGCUCAUCCGGCUAGGUCGCCACGGCUACCGCUCCAUCAUGCGGAACCUGACCCGCACCGCGGACCAUCUCGCCACGGAACUCCAGAAAAUCGGAUUCAUCAUCAUGAGCGAUGGCGCGGGCAAAGGCCUCCCGCUCGUCGCUUACCGGCUUCCACCUGAUGAUAGCCGGCUAUGGGAUGAAUAUGCGCUGGCGCAUGUGCUCCGCCAGCGUGGGUGGGUGAUACCCGCGUACACGAUGGCGCCGCAUAGCAACCAGCUCAAGAUGAUGCGGAUCGUGCUGCGGGAGGACUUUAGUAUGGAUCGGUGCAACGUGUUGAUUGAGGAUAUGAAGAUGGCGAUGAAGACGCUGGAGGAGAUGGACCAGUCGAUGAUCGAGAAUUAUAUUCGAUAUUCUGCUAGUCAUCGGAUUCAUUCGCUGGCUGAGAAGCCCGACCACCCGGUUUACCAGGGCGAGACGCAUUCGCUUCAAGGGAAAACGGGCAAGACUCAUGCGGUAGCCAACGCCAUCAACUUCACCCAAGAAACAUGGACAAACGACAUCUCCGCCGCGCAGGCCGCCCACAUCGACGCCUUUGCCCUGAACAUCGGCUACGGCCUGCACAACUACGAGUUGAUCCUCAACGACGCCUUCACCGUCGCCCACCAGCGCAACUUCAAGAUGUUCCUCUCCUUCGACAUGGGCCAGGACCCCAAGUGGCCCGCCGACGAGAUCGUCCAGGUAAUCGACAACUACGUCACCGGCAGCGCAUACUACAAGCACCACGACGACAAGCCGCUCGUCUCGACCUUCGAGGGCGGCCAGAGCGCAGACGUCUGGAAUGACGUCAAGCACAACGCGCAGUCUGAGUUCUUCUUCGUCCCGGACUGGUCCUCGCUGGGCAUCCAGGCCGCCUCGAGCAGCCCCGUCGUGGACGGCCUGAUGAGCUGGCACGCGUGGCCCACCGGCGCGCACGACAUGAACACCACGCUCGACGAGGCGUACACCGCGGCGCUAGCCGGCCGGCCGUACAUCAUGCCCGUCUCGCCGUGGUUCUACACCAACCUGCCCGUGUUCCACAAGAAUUGGGCCUGGCGCGGCGAUGAUCUCUGGUACGACCGGUGGCAGCAGGUGCUCGCGCUGUCGCCCGAGUACGUGGAGAUCAUCACCUGGAACGACUACGGCGAGUCGCAUUACAUCGGCCCCAUGCACGAGGACGACCUGGGGAUUUUCGCCGUGGGCGAUGCCCCCUUCAACUAUGCCGAGGGGAUGCCGCAUGAUGGCUGGCGGGAGUUUCUGCCGUAUGUGAUCGACCUGUACAAGAGCGAGGGGAAGAAUGCAAGUUUGGCCAGGGAGGGGGUGGUCUCGUGGUACCGGCUCAAUCCGGGGUCUGCGUGUUUGAGUGGGAAGACCACGCCGGGCCAGCAGGCGACCGAGGGGACGAACUCGUCGAGCCCCAGAUCCCUCAUGCAGGAUAGGGUCUUCUACUCGGCGUUACUGGAGUCGGCGGCCGACGUGACGGUGAGUAUUGGCGGGGCCAACAAGACGGGGAGCUGGACGGAUACGCCCAGCGGACAGAAAGGGCUGUAUCAUGGCAGUGUGCCCAUUGACGGGCAGACGGGGGAGGUCGAGGUGACCCUAUCACGGUCUGGCGAGCUGAUUGCCCAGAUGAAGGGCCAGGCCAUCACCACCGACUGCCGCAAGAAUCAUGGAUACAACAACUGGAAUGCGUGGGUGGGGAGUGCCAUGGCCGAGAAGAACGUUACAUCUGAAAAUACUUCAUCUAACAACAAGAAGAAUGGCUCGCAAAGGUCGAGACCGACGAUAACGUUGCUGCUGGGCAUGGUAUUGUUGGCGCUGGUGUGA